CUUCUUUCGAGUACAUAUAGACUACUGGAGGGGACUAACUAAGCAUGACGGACCUGUAAAUGAUGGCGAUGAUCGAUGAAGCUCCAAUUCAUCGAUCAAUUAGACAAAGCAGACUUGCCAUCAGUCCCUAAAGCAUACAUUUACCUUCUGGCUGUGCAAUGUAUUGUUUCCCUAUGCGAAGGCUUAGCGUCGUUCACUGGCCCAAGUACUGUACAUGUCCAUCAUGGUUCAACAUCCUCGAGCGACUGGCGAGCCUGUCAUUCAUGCACCUGCCGCUCUUGACCUCUCCACACUCCCGCAUGACGAUCCUGCAACCCAGCACCUCAUCA